AUGUCAUCAGAUCAAGUUUACGAAGAUUCUUUAACCCCAGAGCAAUCUAGAACUUUACGUUAUUUCUCUGCUGCCAAGAGAGGACAAGUUUUGGAAAUCCAAGAAUUGCUUCAAGAAGAUCCAAAGUUUAAUACAGGAGCCUUGGAUGAAUUUGGAAAUAAUGCAUUGCAUUGGGCAGCUGGUGCUGGUCACUUGGAUUGUGUUAAAUUCCUUGUUGAAACUGUCAAGUUGUCAAUUGAUGCUAUCAACAAACAAGGUGAUACUCCUCUUCACAAGGCAACAUGGAGAGGUGCUUUGGAUGUUGUUAAAUAUCUUGUCGAAAAGGACGCUAAAUUAGAUGUUGUGAAUGGUCAAAAGAAGAGACCAGUCGAUUUGGCUCAUCACUUGGAAGUCAAGUCCUAUUUACAAUCAUAUGAAGGAGGUGAUGAUGAAGACGAUGAAGAUGACGAAGAUGAAGAUGAAUAA